AUGAGUUAUGGCAAGUGGGCUGGCGUCUAUUCGCCACAUUUUCUUAUGAGUCAUGUAACUAUGUGUCGGAGGGUAGCGCAUAUCUUGUGGAGGAGGCCUUCGUGCUCUCCACAGCGCAGUCGAAGCGACACCGAGUCGCCAUUUGGAUAUGUUGAGACUUUAGUGUCACGUCCACGUGCAUAUGCUCGCAGCACGCCACUAAUGACUUCUGCCGCGCUCCUCCGCUCAGGCUUGACGGCUCGAACCGGCAUUCGCUUCGCAACUCUGCCGCCUGCAUGGCCGCAGGUGACCGCGCGUCGUUUUGCAUCGGCUGGGCAACGUGCCCCGACAUAUGACGAAGUGAGGGAUGCAUGCUCCGUGCUAGGGGUUGAUGUGGAUAGUGACCCAAAACAUUUGAAGAAGAUUUACCGUGGCCUCGUCCAGAAGCACCACCCUGACGCCGGUGGUGAUGCGGCCGCAAUGAGCCGCAUAACCGUGGCAUAUAAUCGGUUAAAGGAUCUUUCCAAGCUAGAGCGGGAGCAAUUCAAGGCUCAGCAAGCGACUUAUCGAGGCGGUAGUUACCACUACAGUAGCCGCGCAGGUAGCAGUGGUAAUGGAACUCCUUCUUACGAUACCUCUGGUCGGUACGCCGCGCAGGGUUCGCACGAUGCAGGCACCAGUUACGACUAUCGCGGCGCUUCGAACGCAGACUAUUUCAAGCAGACCGCUAACCCCCGGCGAGGCUUCUAUACGUACAAGCAAAGUGACCGUAGCUUCACAGAUAAUCCCUUCUCGACCUCGAACCCCUUUUCGAUGCACGCCCAGGUACGACGGGCAUGGAACAUGCCGAUGAGUUCCAUUCUUCUUCGUGCCAUUGUAGCUUACCUCGGCAUAUGUGUACUUUUCCUUCUGGCGUACAGGCGGUAUCGUGAUUGGAUGCAUGACGAUGGGUGGAAGAUGGCGGAGAGUUUCGCGCGGCACGAACGUCUUGCGGAGUUGCAGCGACUGCGCCAAGAAAUGAACGACCGAAUUCAGUCCAGUCGCGAGGCCGCCGCUGCCGAGCGUCUUGAUGCUCAGCGGUACUCGCUUGCGAGGGGUUUCGGCGGCCAAAGCGGCACCGAUUACAACGUUGUCACCACUUCCAAGGAACGGGAGCUGCGUGCUCUGGAGCGAGCACGACGCCAGCGUAUUGAGAACAAUACGAUAGCAAGGGGCUGGCCCUUCAUCCCUGAGGAAAAAGGGCGGCUAGUCGUCCGGGCGCACCAUCCGCCAGGGGUUGUCUUCUUUGAGCCGAGCCGGAGGGAGGAACAACUGCGGCAGCUGACUAAUAUGCAGAGAGGCCGCGCGUGGAGUGAUGCUAAUCAGAGCCUCGCGGAGGGAGCUGCUGUGAAUCCCCAGAGUGUUGUAAGUGACGAGCUCAAUGCUGUUCGGGCCAUAAGGACCAUUCUUAAUGGUAUACACGACGGCGGACAAGCUGAGAACCGGGUGUUGUAA